AUGAAUAGGAAUUCCGACUCAACUCCCACGAAGUUGUUGAGAAGGACGUACGAUUUUCCCACCAAACGACUUCUUUUGAUGCGCAGUUCAAAGGGUCGAAACAUGGGUGGCAAUGGAUUUGGUCUCGAAAUUGUGGGCGGAAGGCAACGAUCUGACGGUCGAUUAGGCAGCUACGUGGAGCAGAUUCACUCGGGCGAAACACUGGGGUAUCUUCAUGGGGAAAUCUCAGAAGGUGAUGAAGUAAUAGAAUGGAAUGGAAUUCCGCUGAUUGGAAAAGGGGCGGCCGAAGUUCAGGCGAUCGUUGACACUCCGGCAGAUGAGGUUGAACUCCUGGUAAGAAUCAACACUUGCCAGCUUAUUGAGACUGAAAGGGUGCCUUUUCCAAAAAUAGCUGACAAAAAGACCAAAGUGACUUGUUAUAUUUUCUUAAGAUAUUGCAUUAAAACUUAA